CACACUCGGGGUUGUCGCUGCUCCUGAAUCCAUGCUGCUCGUCGGCUUCUUGUCCCUGCUCGUCCUCGCAGGUGGGGCGACCUGUGAGGCGAACUGCAGCUAUCAAGAUGUUCUGAAUCACUUGAAGCUGACCAAAGACAUCAACCUGUUCCACAUGAUCCGGCCUGUUAGAGACCCCCGAUCCACCACAGAGGUUCACCUGAGUUUGCUGCUCUACGCCAUUCUUGAGGUGAAAGAGAAGGACCAGAAAUUUGUACCUUACGUCUGGAUCACCAUGUGGUGGAAGAACGAUCACAUUGGUUGGAAUCCUGAUGAAUUUUGUGGGAUCCAGUCUGUGUCCAUCCCCAAUGAACUACUGUGGAAGCCCGAUCUCACCAUUGAGGAGAUGACGGAGAUUGACAAGGCCCCUCCUAGUCCUUAUCUCACCAUUACAAGUGAGGGUAACGUCACGCUUAUGAACGACCAGGUACUGACCAGCACCUGCAGGAUGCAAAUUUACAAAUUCCCCUUCGACACUCAGAGCUGCAACCUCACCAUCAAGUCCUUCAUUCACUCUGACAACGAAAUCAAGCUCCUCCAGUACUCCAACUCUUCGGAGGCCACGGAGGACUCUCGCGGGGUGAUGCGGAUCCAGUCCGAGUGGCUGUUCAUCAACAUGACAGUGACCAGCAUAACUGUCAACUACUAUAGCUUUAACCAGACGUUCGUCAUUUACACUAUCAACAUGAAGAGGAGGUCGGCGCUCUACAUCGUCAACUUCAUCCUCCCCAUCCUCUUCCUACUGUGUCUGGACUUGGCCUCCUUCUUGGUGUCGGACAGCGGGGGCGAGAAGCUGGGCUUCAAGGUCACUGUGCUGCUCGCCGUCACCGUGAUGCAGCUAAUCCUGAAUGAAAUUCUGCCUUCCUCGUCCAACAGGAUCCCACUCAUAGCCGUCUACUGCAUCGGAGUGUUUACUCUGAUGAUGCUCAGCCUCCUGGAGACGGUUCUGGUGAUGCAUCUGAUCGGGAAAGACUCUGCCCCCCGAGACAAGGAGACGGAAAAAGACAGAAACCGUGAGGACAAACGAGGCAAAGACGCCGUGCGCAGCUGUGACGGACAGUUCAACAAACUGUUUCACUCGAAAUGUAGCCCUGAGACGUCUCCCGGGAAAAGUCCAACAGAACUUCUGCCGGUGGCCAAAGAGGAUAGCCCCAGUCGACUGAUGGAGGAGUCCAAUGUCUCCGACGAGUUGAGGGAGGUGAUGAAGACACUGACUCUGCUCCUCGACAGCAGGAAGGAGGAAGAAGCGCCCGGCUACUGGACAGGAGUGGCUCAGAAAAUCAACAAGGCUUUCUGCAUCGUCUAUGUCACAGCUGCUACUCUGUUUUUACUCUUUAUGUUUAUUAACUGGACUGAUGAUCAAAAUGAAUAAGAGCGCAAAUUCACAAAAAACAUUCUGCCUGUUUCAGUGUCUGGUUCGGUUUUGGUUGCUCAGGUAGUAAUUCAUCAUUAAGUGGUAUUGUGAUUACAUACAUCUGUGGUUGACAACAAACACGCUUGUCAUAUUGAAAUAUUCGAAUACACUAAUAUGCCAUCAAGUGGUUACCUAUUAUAUCUUUGCUAUGUGAUAAACACAGUCCUUAAGGAAUCAACACAACUGUUCUUCAAAUGAAGCAUGCAAUUGUAAGGAAAAAUGUAGUUUGCCCUAAAUAAAUAUAUCUUCACUAUGCCAUAUGGACAUUGUUUAUUGUAAUUCCCAUUUAAGUAUUAUUUUAAAGGGCCCAUAUUGUGGAAAGACAUAUUUUCAUGUCUUUUAUAGCAGGCGUAGUUGUUAUGUAAACACUGCGAAAGUAUAAAAGCAAUCAAUCCAUGAAGAAGCCUGUAAAUGAGUCAGGACUUUCACAACUUUGAUGUCUCACAACCAAACCGUCAUAUUUUUUAUCAGAUCUCUGUAAAGGGCUCUAAUUGGUGUUUUCUUCGACCUCUCCAAAGAUCAUUUAAGCUUUUAGUUAUCCUUCUUACGAUUGUUGGAUAACUUUUAGCUUGCUGUUUUUACGUUCUUCUGUUUUAUCAAUUGUGUUGUUUCAUGAGUUGCUAAUUCAUUUUAUUCAUGUUACAUUCAAUUUUAUUUUGAAUCAGUUUUUGGGUCGCCUCAGCAAAGUAGUGUGAUUUUAAGUCGGGCUUUUAUUUUGAAGGGCAGAACGGAAGAAAUGAGCGGAUGCGCGGUAGUGUUUGACGGCGAUUAAUAAAAGUUGUGGUCCGUCUUGGUUCACGCUUGACAUUCUGCAGUCGCCGUAUUGUCAUUUUGUGUAGAUGAUACAACAGGGGCGCUGUUCGCUCCCACGACCCAGCGCUGUCGUUCAAUCAGUGACGUGGAUUUCCAUUGAGGCAAAAAAAAAGAGACUCUCCAGCAUUUCCCCCUAACUUUGUUCAAUUCUACACGUUUGACGACUCCGCUUCUUCCCG